ACACUAAAAGAAAAAAACUUAACUACUAGAAUUUUAUUUUUUUUUUCAAAAAAAAUGGUGCAAAUAAAUAUGAAAAUUGCAAUUUCAUUUGUGAUUGUUAUAGUUUUCUUGAGAUGGAUAUGGAAAUUCUUGGAUUGGGUUUGGAUUCAUCCCAAAAAAUUGGAAAAAAGACUCAAAUUAGAAGGUUUGAAAGGAAGUUCUUACAAAUUUUUACUUGGAGAUAUGAAGGAAAUUAAUUCAAUGGUUGAAGAAGCAAAAUCCAAGCCUAUUAAUUUCACUAAUGACUAUAUUUCUAGAGUUUUCCCUCACUUCAACAAGUUAAUUAUGGAAUAUGGUAAGAAUUGUUAUACAUGGUUGGGUCCAAAACCAACAAUGUUGAUCUCUGAGCCUGAAUUUAUAAGGGAAAUUUUAUCAAAAAGUUAUAUUUACCAAAAAAUUCAAGGCAAUCCAAUCACUAAGUUACUAGCACAAGGGCUAGCAAGUUAUGAAACAGACAAAUGGGCUAAGCAUAGAAGAAUUAUCAACCCUGCCUUUCACCUUGACAAGUUGAAGCACAUGCUACCAUCAUUCUACUUGAGUUGUUGUGACAUGAUCAACAAAUUGGACAAUAUAGUUUCAUCAAAGGGAUCAGAGAUAGAUGUGUGGCCAUUUUUGCAAACUUUGACAAGUGAUGCAAUUUCAAGAACAGCAUUUGGUAGUAAUUAUGAAGAAGGAAGGCAAAUAUUUGAGCUACAAAAGGAACAAGCUGAUUUAAUUAUACAAGCAGCAAGGUGGAUAUACAUCCCUGGAUGGAGGUUUGUGCCAACAAAAAGGAACAAGAGGAUAAAGCAAAUAGCAAAGGAAGUGAGAUCAUUAGUGUUGGGAAUUAUCAACAAUAGAAUAAAGGAAAUGAAAGAAGGUGAAGCUACAAGAGAUGAUUUAUUAGGUAUAUUAUUGGAAUCAAAUUUCAAAGAAAUACAAAUUCAUCAUGAAAACAAGAAUUUUGGAAUGACAAUUGAUGAAGUGAUUGAAGAAUGCAAAUUAUUUUAUUUUGCUGGUCAAGAAACUACUUCAGUAUUACUUGUUUGGACUUUGAUUUUGUUGAGUAAACAUUUGGAUUGGCAAGAAAAAGCUAGACAAGAAGUUCAUCAAGUAUUUGGAAGUAACAAGCCUAACUAUGACAUGUUGAAUCAAUUGAAAGUUGUAACAAUGAUACUCAAUGAGGUUCUAAGGUUAUAUCCACCAGGAACUAUGAUUGGUAGAAGAGUACAAAAAGAGACAAAAUUAGGGCACUUGUCAUUGCCUGCAGGGAUGUUACUAUUGUUGCCAACAAUUUAUUUGCAACAUGAUAAUGAAAUAUGGGGUGAUGAUGCAAAAGAGUUCAAUCCAAUGAGGUUUAGUGAAGGAGUUAAUAAAGCAACAAAAGGUAAAUUUGCAUAUUUUCCAUUUAGUUGGGGACCAAGAAUAUGCAUUGGACAAAAUUUUGCUAUGUUAGAGGCAAAAAUGGCACUUGCAAUGAUUUUACAACACUAUGCUCUUGAGUUAUCUCCAUCUUAUUCACAUGCUCCUCAUACAAUCAUCACUCUCCAACCUCAACAUGGUGCUCCAUUGAUUUUGCGCAAGUUGUAGAGUCUUGUUCACAUCAGAACUCUCAAGUUACGCGUAUUUGGUUGAGAGAGUAUAUAGUACUAAAAUGGUUGACCCUAGUCGCACUCCUUCUUUAGCUAUCUCCAUUUUGUGUUGUAGUUGUUAUGUUUGCUUGUAUGAGUAAUGAGAUGUAAAGUCCUCGUGUUGAAUUUCUCCUUUAAACAACCUUAGUUUGUUUGGGAUUGAGACGCAGUUGUUUGUAUAUAGAUUUGAUAUAUCUACUUUAGCUAGUAUGUACUUUACUUUUGUUCUAGCUACAACUCUAUGUUUUUGAGCUCUCA